AUGAUAUUGGACAAGGAGGCGAUUGUCCCUAUCGUAAACGCCGAGCUGUGUGAACGGGGGUCGUAUGGCAAAGUGUUCAAGGUCCAGUUCCAUCCCGACUUGAACCCUCAACCCGGUCAUGAGACUCCAUACUUAGCCCUCAAAGUUAUGGAAUCGCACAUCGAAGGGGCUGAAGAAGAUGCUGCAUUGAAAUUGCUUCGUGAGCUAAAGGAUGAUCACAUCAUCCAGUACUUGGGCUCUUACCAAUUUGAGGGUGGUUUGGGGAAUUUAAUCUAA